UCUCUCUGUCUCUCUCUUUUUCUUUCUCUCUUCUUCUCUCUUUCUCUCUCUAAAACUUGUCUAAUGGCAGAGAUCUGCUGCGUCAAAGAGAUCCAAGAAGAAGACGUAGAGAAGAUCCGAUUACCGACCCGACCCGAAUUAGACAUCCCUGACCCUGAUCACGAAGAUCCAACGGUCAACGAAGAAGAUGGGUGCAAGACUCCAACAUCGUCCGAUCACAAGAUUCCGGAGGUGAAGUAUACGUUAUGUCCACCGGCUCCGAGAAAACCGAAACCGAACCGGUCGUCAUGUACGAAACGGAAAUUAACGCCGGUUAAUGUUGUUAACCGUAUACCGAUUGAUCUGAGCCGUGAGAUCGAGAUGUUCUUCGAGGAUUUGGACCGUAGGAUCAAGAAGUCCCGGAAACAAUAAGAUUAUUGCUUUAAUUGGUAAUGAUCGUUCAUUUCUAAUUCAUGACUGUGUGGUGGUAAUUUGAUCCUUUGAAUUUUUCUUCAUUUUUUUGUUUGUUUUUCAUUUUCUGUAUAAUUAAUUAGCUAAUAACAAUAAGAAAAUUUAUGUAUCAUUUAAUUUGGAAUUA